AUGUUUGACAGUUGCUGUAAAAAACUGAAAUGCAAGCUUCCGAAUUCUCAACAAGACAACCAGAAAAAUGAAAGGUAA